CAUCAUUUAAGGAUCCAGAAACAGUCCAUUCAUCUUCGUUUCGUCCAUUCGUUUCUCCUCUUCCCUCUGUUUCCACUCUUCGACCGCCAUGUCGGGUAUCACAGCAGUGAAUCGAGUUGCGGCUGAAGCGACAAUCCCAGAUGGGGAGCUUGCUGCUGUUGUCACCACAGUGCUUGGCCUUCUCCACAUCUUGCAGGUGUACACUUCUUCCAUGGUGACACUUGCCGUGUGGGACUGGCUAACCUGCCUCAAAGCCGAAUGGGAGUGCAUUUGGAAGAAAGAGUGGUCCCUGAUCAAGGUUCUGUAUAUCUGGACACGAUAUUACGGUCUCAUCUGUUUUUCGGUCAAUCUGUGGCUCUUCAAUGCCAACUUCACUGUGGAGCAAUGCAAGACCUUGCAUUACUUGAUCGCCGCGUCGUGUAUGUGGACUACCUUAGGAUCAGAGGCGAUUUUGGCAGUCAGGACAUAUGCCUUCCUCGGGAAGAAACGCUGGCUCGGAAUCACGCUCAUUGUCCUUCUGCUCGGAGAAACUGCAUUCCUGCUCUACGUGGCGAUCGAAGGAGUAUACCAAAUUCCUCCCCCUCCCAUACCAGACGCAGAUGGUAUAAUUCGAGGACCAUGCACUGCCAGCGACAAGCCCGGGCAACACGUCGUCAGCGGUUUCUGGCUCGCCCCCGUGGCGUUCGACCUCAUUUGCACUAUUCUGACGCUCGGAAAGGCUUUUUCCCUGCAAAGGGCGGCCGUAAAAUCCCCCAUCAUCAGUAUCUUUAUUCGGGAAGGACUCUUCUACUUCCUUGCUGUGGCCGCUAUCAACUUGCUAAAUGCUGCAUUCAUGUUCCAAAGCAAUCCCAACCUCCAAAAUAUCAACUGCUUCCUUGCUUUGGUUCUCUCUCAGGUGCUUUGCUGUCGCUUGGUACUGAACCUUAAGGGCCACAGAGACGCGAGCACCAGUCAGUUUACGGGAUCGGCCAGCCAACACUCGUACAUCCCUGGCAGCGGUACUCGCUCGGCAACAGGAGGAGUAAACAUCGCUCUAAGGAAGUAUCGUGACCCAACUUACACUGGCCCAUCAGAUGUUUACGACGGCGUAAAGGUCCAGAUUGAUGUUGAACAGCAUGACACAACUUUGUCCGGUCAUGCGAAGGGAAUGGCUUCCUAA